AUGGCUACCGAUGUGGUGCUUGACACUUCCAUGACCUGCAAGAACUUUGCAACCCUCGCACAGCGCGGCUACUACAACAACGUUAUCUUCCACCGCAUCAUCCCCAAUUUCAUGAUCCAAGGCGGCGACCCCACCGGCACAGGUCGAGGGGGCAGCUCGAUCUACGGCGAAAAGUUCGAGGAUGAAAUCAGCCCGGCAUUGAAACAUACGGGUGCAGGGGUCUUGAGCAUGGCGAAUAGCGGACCCAACACCAAUGGCAGCCAAUUUUUCAUCACCCUGGCUCCGACACCGUGGUUGGACGGGAAGCAUACGAUAUUCGGCCGGGUGAAGAGUGGGAUGAGAGUCGUGCAGCGCAUGGGACUGGUGAAGACAGGGGCGGAAGAUAGGCCUGUUGAUCAGGUCAAGAUUGUGAGGGCGAGGGUUGUGGAGGAAACGGGAGAAGAAUGA